CCAAGCGGAUCAAGGACAGUGGUAAGAUGGUGGUUUACUCAUAAACCCAAUGGAGACAAGGAAAACAACUCACUUCUUUCUCUCUCUCUCUCUCUCUCUCCUGUCUCACCCCCCCCGCCUCAACCCCUCGACUUUUAUAAACAACCACACAACGACUGGGAUAUAUAAAGGUGGCACGACCUUCACAAUAUGGAUUACCAGAUAAAGAAGUGAUAUUAGUAACAGAAGAUGGGUAUAAAAUCAGAGCCUAUGUGAUGAUACAGAGAGGCGAAGAAGUGGCGAUACAGUCACCUACCGUUGUUUGCUUCCAUGCACAUACAGGGAAUAUGGGUCAUCGAUUGCCUAUUGCCCAGGUAUUUUACAAGAAAUUAGGAUACAAUGUCGUGAUGUUGUCGUAUCGAGGCUACGGUUUAAGCGAAGGCAAACCAACAGAAAAAGGCCUCAAAAUCGAUGCAAAGACUGUACUGCAAUAUAUAAAACAACAUCCCAUACUGAAACAUACAAAACUGAUAGCUUACGGUCAAUCCUUGGGUGGAUCAGUGGCUAUCAGUCUUGUAUCAAGAAAUGAAGAUCAAUUUGACGCCUUGAUUAUCGAAAACACUUUUUUGAGUGUGCCUUUACUUGUGCCGCAUAUCUUUCCAGCAUUACGACAUCUUGUCUAUCUCGUUCAUCAGACGUGGAAAUCUUACAAAACCAUCAAAUACGUUCAACAUGUACCCAUCCUAUUUUUAUCGAGUUUAAAAGACGAAUUAGUGCCGCCAGGCCAUAUGGCAAAAUUAUACAGUAUUUCGCAGACAAGUGGAGUCAAAGUAUGGAAAGAUUUUGAAAACGGGACACACAAUGAUACAUGCAUGCAGAGCGGAUUCUUUGAAGCCAUAGCAGAAUUUGUACGGGAUUAUGUAUGGGAAUUGGACUGAAAGCUGGACUGAAAUCUGAAUAAGGGGAGGAGAGGAGAAUACUCGUUUCAUAGUCCGGGAACAAUGAUUGUAAAUAUAUAUAUAUUCUACCCAUGCACACACACACACACACACAUGCACACACCACACGCACACACACACAUACACACAACUCUAUCGUACAUCGUUUAAAAUACCUUUGGAUCAACCCACACGACAAACACGGUUGGGACGGGAGGGGGGGGGAGGACGCAACCACGACCACUACUUUUGUUAUUACGACCCCCCAAAGAUAACCCAUUCCCUUCUUCUCCCCAUGCUCAUCAUCCUCUUCAUCUGUCACGCACCCACGUCCGCAUCCCUCCCUCCCUCCCUCCCUUCUUCCACUAGCGAAUUCCACGUAUUUAUUUAUGGACAUCAUAAACCUAUUUUGAAAGGGAA